CCUCUUCCGAUGGGAAGCCACUUCCGGUGGCGUUGACACCUGCGCAGAAGAGACUCUCCGGGCCUUCUGCUUCGCAUACCUGGUGUUCCUCUUCGGAGAACGGACGCCAAGCCGGAAGACAAUGGCGGCGGCCGCUCUGAAGAGGUUUUGGUCCAGAAGCCGCGGAGAGGCGGGUGACCCUGCGGCCGCGAAGCCCGGCGUGUGGGCGCGGUUGGGCGCCUGGGCCCGCUCGCUGCUCCGGGACUACGCCGAGGCCUGCGGGGACGCGGCGUCGGCUGCAAGGGCCCGACCCGUGCGGGCGGCGGUGUACGUGGGGCUGCUGGGCGGCGCGGCGGCCUGCUGCGCCCUGGCGCCGAGCGAGGCGGCCUUCGAGGAGGCGCUGCUCGACGCGUCGGGGACCCUCCUGCUGCUGGCUCCCGCCACGCGCAACCGAGACUCGGAGGCGUUCGUGCAGCGGCUGCUGUGGCUGCGGGGUCGCGGCCGCCUGCGCCACGUGAGCCUGGGCCUCUGCUCGCUGGUGUACGAGGCGCCCUUCGACGCCCAGGCCAGCCUCUAUCAGGCCCGCUGCCGCUACCUGCAGCCCCGCUGGGCCGACUUCCCGGACCGGAUCCUGGAUGUGGGCUUCGUGGGCCGCUGGUGGGUGCUGGGGACCCGGAUGCGCGACUGCGACAUCAACGACGACGAGUUCCUGCACCUGCCGGCACACCUGCGUGUCGUCGGGCCCCACCAGCUGCACUCGGAGGCCAAUGAGCGGCUCUUCGACGAGAAGUACAAGCCCGUGGUGCUCACCGACGAUCAGGUGGACCAGGCGCUGUGGGAGGAGCAGGUCUUGCAGAAGGAGAAGAAGGACCAGCUCGCCCUGAGCCAGGCCGACCCGCUGGUGCAGUCGGAGGUCGCGAGAUGAAACCCAGACCAGCCUGGGGUCCCGAUCGGGCUCCGAUUCCCAGCGGACUGUUGGUCUGGGCUUGUGCAGUUGGUGCGAGUGAGCCUCAAACCCUGAGUGAUGGAAAUAAAUUAUUGGCGCUGUCCUCUCCCUGGGUUUUCACAGAAUCGGGGCCCUCCCUCUCACCUGUUCCUUGUGAGCUGGCGCUGAUUCAGAGCCUCCUUGGUCUGAAGUUGGGGAGAGCAGAGCGACAUGUUCAUCACUGCCAGAGUCCCUGAGGGGCUUUAGACGGAAAUAAGCCCUUUUCACUGGGCUUCACAGUUCCCCUGAGGUAUCACAGUUGUUAGGUGACUCCCAAGCUUUCCUAAGAACUUUCAGAUUUCCGUUUUAAAAUUUGAGCUGAAAUGUUUAUCCUCUAUUUCCAUGAGUCAUGUUUUUUUAAAAUUAAUUUUCAAAUAAUUGUAUUCUCAGAAGAAACUGGAAAAAUAAUAGAAACAUUCUGUGUACCCUUCACCCAGCUUCCCCCAAAUGGUAACGUUUUAUAUAAGGAGUACCAAGCCAGGAGAUUGGUAUGACUAUUUGGAUUUUACAGGGAAACUUAUUGUAAAAAAUGGUCUGCUUUUACCACAUGUGUAUUGAUAGUUGUGUUAAAAUGACUUGGAGGGAUAAAGCAUUUUCUGAUCUGGAAAUCAAUAUGGAAUCAGCUUCUGGUUAUGUUUCACAUCAAUAACCCUGAAAACAGAAUCCUAUGGAAAGGAAUACAAAGCUCAGUUCUAUUCAUACUUUGAAAGCUAAUAUUAGAAGAAUGAGACUACCUCUGUCACUGAAGUGGCCUGUAGCUAAUUAAACUAGGAGAUGAAA